AUGGCUGCAAACUCUACAUUCAAUCCGAAUCUCAUCCCAUUCGAUGAUACUUACAUUCUCUACGACUCCACUGAUUUGUUAUCUUUCAUAAGUGCUUACUUUUCGCUUAUACCUAUAGCGAUACUGGUGUUCCAAUUAUCGUGGUUUAUUACAACAAGAGAAUUUGAAGCCUGUAUCAUGGCCGCUGGUCAGGUUUCCAACGAGAUACUGAACAAUCUCAUCAAGAUAGUUGUCAAACAGCCGCGCCCCACAUCGUUCGGCGAUUCUUUCCAAAACGGUACCGUGCGUUCUGGAUACGGCAUGCCCAGCGCCCAUUCACAAUUCAUGGGUUUCUUCUGCAUGUACACCGGUCUCAGAUACUGCCUGCGCUGGAAGGGGCUCACCGCGUGCAAAAGAGUCGCUGGCCUCAUCACCGUAACGGCGCUGGCAGCAUGCGUCUGCUUCUCAAGGGUCUACCUGCGCUACCACACGGUCGAUCAAGUCCUCGUCGGUUUUUCGGCCGGGCUAUGCAGCGGAUCCUCCUACUUCCUAGUGGUUGCCAUCCUGAGGGAACUCAAGAUUAUCGACUGGGUGCUCACCUGGAGACUGGCCCGUGUGCUCUACGUGAAGGACUCCUGCAACCAGGCACCCAUCACGCUGAAAGAGGAGUACGAAGCCUAUCGCCUAAGGCUAGAAAGAAGAAUCAAGCGGGAAUAG